GGACCGGAGGGCGGAGACGUUGGGGAAGCGGCGAGAGUGAAACCGGAAGGGAUGCCUUAAAGGGAAGGGCGCUACUUCACCUCCGACUUUUAUCGGCCGGGCAGGCUCCACCCUCUUAAAGGGCAGAGAAUUGUUGUCAGUGGGGCGGGGCAGGUCGGCAGUAUACUGGAGCUUUCUGCUUUCAACCCCACUAAGAAUGGAUUGUCUCUCUAAAUGCUGGUGACAGUGUCACAGAUAUUGACGGGAAGAACUUAUGAGUCCAGAUGGCUUCAAAGCAGCCCCUAGUUUAGCUCAGCGCAGGUGGAGAUGGGGGUGCAGCAGAGCACCCUCUUAAAGGGGAAGUCGAGUCUGAUGGAAGGGUGUGGUCCGGCCUUUUGGAAGGCGCACUCUCGGAAUAAGGUGUGCCCCGGUUCUUGCAGAGCAGGGUGUCUCGUUUAAGACAUGCCUGGCCUUCUGGAAGGGACGUAACAGCUUCCUGAGAUAAUGGCCUCUUAAAAGGGCUUGUUUGCAUUUUAAGGGAGACGCUCAGAACUGUACAGGGAAGUUAUGACCUGUCCAAAGGGGAUGCCCAGACUUUGUUCAGUCAAGCUACGUUUACCGAGUACUCACUAUGUGCCAGGAGUUAUUCUAGAUGCUAGAAUGCAACCGUGAAUAAGAAAUCGCUGGAAUCUAGUACGUAGCGGUCAGGGAUGGUGCUAAACACUUUACACUGGUACAGCCCCCUGGACACUGGUCCAGCCCCAGAUUGCAACAGUGCUGAAACUCAGAAUCCCUGAUUCUAAAGCAGGUUAGAAGGUGAUAAAUGCUGUGGAAAAAAACACUAAGGCCAUGAGUGGAGUUGGGGGAAGAGGACCUGAAGCCAGCUCUGAGACAGGAAGGAGUAGAUUUUGACAGCAGCUUUGAGAUGCUCUGGUCCAAAAGGGUGGAGAGAAAGGAGGCUGUAGCUGGAGGGGGAGGUGGGGUGAAGUUUUUUGGUUUUGCUUGUUAAAGAUGGGAGGCAUAGUUUGUGGGUACACUGACUGGAGGGGUCUGGGAGAUGAGGAACAUUGCUGUAGGAGGGAAUGUAGGGUCCACGGACCCAGAGGCAAGCAGCAGGAAGGGGAUCUCGCGGGUUUCUCAGCCUCAGCACCAGUGGCAUUUGGAAUGGGUCUCUCUGUGCUGUGGGGGGCUGUCCUGUGCACUGCAGGAUGUGGAGCAGCAUCCCUGGCUGCCUCCCCACUAGAUGCCAGGAGCACCUGCCCCUUCAGUCGACCACCUCACAACCAAAACAGUCUCCAGACAUUGUCUGAUGACCCCAGGGGCCUGUGUGCCACGGAGGGGUGCGUCUUCCUUGUCCCGUUGAGAACCAUUGGCAUAGAGGUCAAACAUGGUAAUGUUCUCUCCUUGUUGCUGUUACUUUUUCAGUGCUGAGGUCAAUGGCAGCAUCACCCGGUGAGAGCAGGAGGGGAAAGGAGAGAGGUCUGAGGGGAAAAGAAACAUGCAAGUAUGAGCUGGGGUGUGGAUGGACCAAGAGAUGGAGACAAGCAGUGCAGACCGGAGCAGGGAGAACUCUGUGGUCCGUGGGCAUGGACGCUGAUGCCCAGCUGUUUCUAGUCACCUGCAGCCCUUCUGCUGGUUGAGGGGAAGUGAGGACUCUGGAUGGGUGCAGAGUGCACAGAGCCUGCAGGGCCAGGUGUGAUGGUCGGCUCCCACGCUGACAUGGCGCCGGCCUCCACCGAGGAGGGUGCAGGGGAGAAGCCCGGCCCCGCGGCCCCGGCCCCGGUGGCCCAGUACGAGUGUGGGGAGUGUGGCAAGUCUUUCCGCUGGUCCUCCCGGCUCCUGCACCACCAGCGCACACACACGGGCGAGCGGCCCUACAAGUGCCCGGAUUGCCCCAAGGCCUUCAAGGGCUCGUCAGCCCUGCUCUACCACCAGCGGGGCCACACUGGCGAGCGGCCCUACCAGUGCUCCGACUGCCCCAAGGCCUUCAAGCGCUCCUCACUGCUGCAGAUCCACCGCAGCGUGCACACCGGCGUGCGAGCCUUCACCUGUGGCCAGUGCGGCCUGGCUUUCAAGUGGUCGUCGCACUACCAGUACCACCUGCGCCAGCACACGGGCGAGCGGCCCUACCCCUGUCCGGACUGCCCCAAGGCCUUCAAGAACUCGUCCAGCUUGCGGCGCCACCGCCACGUGCACACGGGUGAGCGGCCCUACACCUGCGGCGUCUGUGGCAAGAGCUUCACGCAGAGCACCAACCUGCGGCAGCACCAGCGUGUGCACACAGGCGAGCGGCCCUUCCGCUGCCCACUCUGCCCCAAGACCUUCACACACUCCUCCAACCUGCUGCUGCAUCAGCGCACCCAUGGCGCUGCCCCCGCCGCCGCCCCCGUGCCUCCACAGCCAAGGGAGCCAGCCAAGGUCUUCACUGACCCCUACCUGCAGCCGCACCUGCCCUCCCCUAGCCCGCCGGCGCCCCCGCCACCGGCACCCCCUCCCGUGGUGCCUGAGCUCUUUCUGGCUGCUGCUGAGACGACGGUGGAGCUGGUGUACCGCUGUGACGGCUGCGAGCUGGGCUUCGGCAGCGAGGAACUGCUGCUGGAGCACCAGCCCUGCCCGGGGCCCGAGGCGGUGGCUGCACCCCGGGACGCACCCCCGGAGACACCCAAGGCUGCCCCGCCAUCUGCGGAGCCGCAGCCGAUUCCUGCCACCGCCACCCCCAGCUUCCCCUGCCUUCCCUGCGGGAAGUCCUUCCGAACAGUGGCCGGACUGUCCCGCCACCAGCACAGCCACGGGGCAGCCGGUGGGCAGGCAUUCCGCUGUGGCAGCUGUGACGGUGCCUUCCCACAGUUAGCCAGCCUCCUGGCGCAUCAGCAGUGUCAUGUGGAGGAGGCAGCGGCGGGGCGCCCACCCCCCCAGGCCGAGGCCGCAGAGGUUACCUGCCCUCAGGAGCCGCUAGCCCCUGCUGCCCCUGCCCCACAGCCACCUGCGUCAGCACCUGUGCCCGCCUCCACUGAGCGGCCCUACAAGUGCGGUGAGUGCGGCAAGGCGUUCAAGGGCUCAUCAGGGCUGCGCUACCACCUGCGGGACCAUACUGGUGAGCGGCCCUACCAGUGUGGCGAGUGUGGCAAGGCUUUCAAACGCUCGUCGCUGCUGGCCAUCCACCAGCGCGUGCACACGGGCUUGCGGGCCUUCACCUGCGGCCAGUGCGGCCAGACCUUCAAGUGGUCGUCGCACUACCAGUACCACUUGCGGCUGCACACAGGCGAGCGACCCUACGCCUGUGGAGAGUGCGGCAAGGCCUUCCGCAACACAUCGUGCCUGCGGCGCCACCGCCAUGUGCAUACGGGUGAGCGGCCGCACGCCUGCGGCGUCUGCGGCAAGAGUUUCGCGCAGACCUCCAACCUGCGGCAGCACCAGCGCGUGCACACAGGCGAGCGGCCCUUCCGCUGCCCGCUCUGCCCCAAGACCUUCACCCACUCCUCCAACCUGCUGCUGCAUCAGCGCACCCACUCAGCCGAACGCCCCUUCGCCUGCCCCAUCUGCGGGCGCAGCUUCGUCAUGGCGGCCUACCUGCAGCGGCACCUGAGGACGCACACCCCUGCCGCCCCCACCGCCCCCGCCAGCGGCCCCCCGCCCCCUGCCCCGUUGGCUGCCGCCCCAGCUCCAGCAGCCACCCAAGAUGUCCACGUGCUCCCCCACCUCCAGGCGACGCUCUCCCUAGAGGUGGCAGGAGGCCCAACUCAGGCCCCACCCCUGGGCCCAGCAGCCCCCAACUCGCAGACAUUCCUCCUGGUGCAGACAGCCCAGGGCCUCCAGCUCAUCCCCAGCAGUGUGCAGUCCCCUGCGCCCCCGCCGCCCCCCGCACCCCCUAAGCUCAUCCUGUUGCCCUCCAGUACUGGUGGUGGGGGCGGCCGGGCAAAACAAGGCUUGCGGGCAGUAGGGAAAGCUGGGCAAGGGCCUGGAGUAGUGUGGCUGCCAGGCCCUGGGGGACUGGGGAUGCAGGGAGGGGGCAACACAGGGGCCAAUGGGGCAGGGCAGAGCCUUAUCCUUCUGCAGAAUGUGGGGGGUGGGGAGGCGGGGCCGCCGGAAGUGAGUGGGGUCCAGCUCCAGCCCCUGCGGCCAGCCCCAGAAGUGGCCACAGUUCAGCUUCAGCCGGCACAGGAAGUGACCACAGUCCAGCUGCAGCCAGCACAGGAAGUGACCACGGUCCAGCUCCAGCCUGCCCAGGAGGUGACUGCAGUCCAGCUCCAGCCUGUGGCAGGCCAGCUGUCUAGUCCCAGUGGGGGAGCUGUGACCACUGAGGCCCCCAACCUGCUGGUGGUUCAGAGUGAGGCACCCGAGGAAUUGCUGGCGGGCUCUGGCCCCGGAGAGCCGGGUGAUGGCGAGGCCACCACUGGUGUGGUCCAGGAUGUGCUCUUUGAGACGCUGCAGACUGACGAGGGGUUGCAGAGUGUGCUGGUGCUGAGUGGGGCAGAUGGGGAGCAGACCCAGCUCUGUGUGCAGGAGGUGGAGACCCUCCCCUCAGGGCUGGCCGAGCCGCCCGCCCCUGGGCCGCCGGGACAGAAACUGCUCAUCAUCCGUAGUGCUCCGGCCACCGAGCUUCUGGAAAACAGCAGUGUUGCGGGCGGUGCCGCCACACUGCAGCUGCUGGCCCCACCAGCAGCCAGCCCAGCCUCUGUCCCUGCUGCCGUCCCCACUGCCCCCGCCUCCCAGAUGGUACAAGUGGUCCCUGCAGGAGCUGUGCCGGGGGGCAUGGCCUCACAGGGCCUGCCCUCCAUCCAGAUUGUCCAGACUCUGCCCGCAGUCCAGCUGGUGCACACUUUUUGAGUAGAACUGCUGGUACCUCUCCCUGCUCCACAGAGAGACCCUGACUCACUUGCCUGGGCAGGAGAGCUGCAGGCAGGGCUUGCUAAUAAAGACCAGAAUCUCC